AUGAUUAAAAGAUUAGUUUCAGUAAAUGGAAAUAACAUUAAUCAAGCUAAACAAGAAUUGAAAUGGCUCACACAGCAUGUAUUACAACAAACAAGGAAACCCUUAUCAGAAAUUUCUUUAAUUGAGAAAAUAAAUUUGAAUGUUUUUGAAAAAAGGUUAUUAAACGAAUUAAUUAAUGAAAGAGUUGAAAAAUCAAAACCUUUACAAUAUAUACUUGGUACGCAACCAUUUUGUGAUUUGGAAAUCAUUACUAAACCACCCGUGUUGAUUCCAAGAUGGGAAACGGAAGAAUGGACAAGUAAAAUCAUUUCAAUGCUUAUACCAUUUCUUCGACUGCGAAAAGAAAUGACAAAGUUCGAAAUUUUGGAUAUAUGUACAGGAUCAGGGUGUAUCGCAUUAUCACUUUCGCAUUAUCUUCCAACAAAUUCAAGCAACAUACAUGGCAUAGAUAUAUCACCUAAUGCACUCUCCUUGGCUAAAUUAAAUCAUCACAUAUUUAACUCAAAAAAUCGAUUAAAAAAUUCGGUAAAAUUCUCUAAAUUGGAUAUUUUGAAGGCAACUCGAAAUGAACUUGAUUUAUUCAUUAAAAAUUCGACGGAAAUUGGAAAAGGUUUCGAUUUAAUAUUAUCUAAUCCACCUUAUGUUACUCACGAAGAAUAUAAAACAUUGCAAGAUGAUGUUAAAUUGUGGGAAGAUAAAAUUGCCUUGGUUGCCGAAGAAGGUGGUACCGCGUUCCAUAAACGUAUCGCUCACCUUGCAAAAGAUAACGGGUUAUUGUAUGAUACGAAAAGUGAUUUGCCGCAGUUAAUUAUGGAAAUUGGUGGAAGUCACCAAGUUAGUGAUGUAGUUAAUAAUUUAAAGAAUUGUGGUUUUAGCCAUGUAGAAAUUUGGAAAGACGUUGCGAACAAAGAUCGAUGUGUUGUUGCUAAAAGAACUUAA